GUUUGUAUGCAAUUACAUAACUGUUUAAUAUGUGUUUGUUUAUAUACUUUUUUAUUUAUUUCAGCAAUAGAAACAGUAUUAACUGCAGUACCACCAGCAACAAUAUCUGCAGGACCAUCAGCGAUGCAUCAAGAUUUCCUGCGAUGUCGCUUCCAGCACCCAGGUCCGAUAUCUCAAAGGGCUUUCUACCGGUGGUGUCAAUAUGGGGGAGAUGAUCCCUCCUUUAGAUGGAGAAGACAAGCCCCAUAUGACACCAUUGGUAGAAGGAGGGGUGCUGGGAAGCAGUUCAACUCUUUUAAUUUCUACCAGUAGCUUUUUUAAGCUACUGGUAGAAUUAUCUUUAUCUUCAAAUAUAAAGAAAAUUGACUUUUUAAAAAAAUGUUUUUUUUAAUUUUGCAAUUUUUUAUUAUUUUAAUUUUUAUACUUUCAAUAUUUUAUUUUUUUGAUUUUUAAUUCUGUUCUUAAAUCCUAAACUUACAAAAGAACUCUUAUGUUAUAAAAAUUUUUAAUAAUUUGUCUAUAAGUUUUUUUAUUAAUUUACGUUUUUACAUCUUUUUAUCUUUAUUUUUAAUUUUAAUAAUAGUAAAUUUUCUUUUGUAUUAACUUUUAUUUGUUAAGUGUUAUAUAGUUUUUGAAAGAUUUGGUAAAUAUAUUCAAAAUUUUUCUUUUUCUAUGAUAUCUGUUUAAUAUGUCUAAUAUAUGCACUAUACACCUAUUAAUCUCUUUUCAUUAUUCUCUUUAGAUAUAUUAUAAAAUAGUAUUUAAAAUCAGUUGUCAGCCACAUGUGGUCUAUAUGAUGCAACAUGUUUGCAAUUGUUGGCAUGUCAUUU